UCAGAACUACCGCUGUCCGUGUCCGGAAGGCUGAGCGGAUACCUGAUCACGCUCUUCCAGACGGGUAGGGGACCAUGGGCAGGAGGCGUGUACAGGCAGGUUGCCUACUUUAGAAAGCAGGACGGGCAGCUUGACGAUGUGGAUAGAGUUCGCAAUCAGGUCAUGUACAUGGACGAGCAUGAGCUCAGCUCAGACGCCAAGGUCGCCACAACACACGCUGGGCGCACCGCCAAUGUUGACGUGGACUACCUCCGAGACUACACUCAACCUAUCCUGUCACGGGAUCAAGAGGAUUUUACACGUAUCGUCAAGGUUGAACUUUGUCUGGACCUGGUCCAAACUUCAACGGUAUCGGCUCGCGUCAAUGCAAUGAGUGCCGACCAUCGCUAUCACGGCGUCUGUGGCCAUUGCUAG